UUUGCAGAGUUACCCCGAUCUCCAGUUCCAAUUUCAUACAUCACAUUCCGACGAUUAAAACAUCCGAAUAUUUCAAAAUGUCGGAAGAAAAGAUUGAAGUAAAGGAGACAGAUAUGGAAGAUCCACAACGAGAUAUGGUGAUUUCUGUUGUCCGGGAGGCUCAGAGGCUGUACAAUAUUGAUAAAGAUGUGGCUGCUUUUGUGAAGGAAGAGCUUGACAAGAAGUUCGGCGCCACGUGGCAUGUCAUCUGUGGAAAGUGUUUCGGGAGUCGUGUUAGUUAUGAAAUGGGACAUUUUAUUCUUCUCAAGUGCAAUAAGGUGAAUGUGAUGAUCUACAAGUGCGGAUAUUAAAAGGAAUUCAUCAAAUUGUAAAUAUUCAAAGGAGCUUUGAUUUCAUUAAAUUGCAUUUCAUCUUGUUAUAAGUAUUGGCUUAUCAAAUAAAAUAUAUGAAAUUGGAAAAAUAUUUUUU